AUGGGGCAACAGCAGUCUGGUUUUGGUGGGAAACGCGAAGACCGAGGAGGCGGUGACGCGGAUAAG